AUGCUCAACUUCGCUACUAUUCUAGCACUAGCCGCUGCCCUGCCGCUGGCAUUCGCAUCCCCUCUUGCGAACCGCAAUAUCCUGAUUCCCAACGAGAAUGGUGAGCUUGUGUAUGCGACUCCAGACCAGCUGUCCGAGAUCGAGAACAGCCGCAUCAAGCGCAGCAUGCUGUCGAAGCGUGACAAGUGCAGCGACGGAGUUGCCCCAACAGACGGGCAGGACUUUUUCAAUUGCGAGCAGUAUUGCGAACGAUCCACUGCUCAAAUUGAGGGAGCUGGAGUAAAGGUGUCGGAUGAUAUCAACUGUACUGUCGGGAAGGGAGGCACUUGUGCUGUUGCUCACGCCAUCACUGUUACCAUCUCCGAAUCCGUAUCCAUCAACCUUGGCGGCACUUCAGGUGCAACUGAAGAGGGCAUUGCCACCUUGACUGCAGGAGCCAGCUUCACCUGGACCAAGUCUGUGGCCACCGGAAACACUUACACUUUUACUCCUGCGUCCGGCGACCAGGGCUACAUCAUGUUCAAGCCCCAUCUCCAGCAGAGCUGCGGAGAUUUCCAGGUCUUCACCUUCAGCCAGAAUGAUGAUGGGUCAGAGACCUACUGCGAUGUUCCUAUCUUCUCGGAGGACACCAAUGCUUGCGGAACCUCCCCUAUGAAACUUUCGUCUGGCGAAGCCGAUGGCACCUACUCUUUCUGCCGUCCCAACGGUGAUGGUUGCUAAGUCAGCCCUUCGAAGACGGUAAAUUCGAUGGCGAUAUGUGCAUUUAGACCACUUAUUUGUGUAUACUGUCCUAUCAAUGCAUAAAAUUACUUCUCUC